AUGGCCUCCUCUGCGGCGCCUACUACCAGCGCGCCGGAGAUCACCACAGAGGAGCCGCCCACUACCAUCAUCGACAAGGCGAAGACCGCAGCAGCAAGCCGGUGCAACAACAUCGACGCCGUGGCGGGCGAAGCCAACAGCAAACGGCAGCUGCCCACACCGGCGAAGGUCCUGCCGCCACUCCUGAACGAGACGACCCCGCUUUCCUUCCACUACGCGGAUGCCAACCUCACGGCGGCCUUGUCGAAGGCACCGGGUGUUGGCAUUGGCGUUCUCCUAGUAGGACCAGAUCGGCCAACCCUGAAACAGACGGCAGGGGAAAAGGCCGAGGCCGGUUCCUGCCACUACCUGGUGGGGCCCCAACCGCACGGCUCCGAAGACGGCCCGCCAUCUUCCUCUACAGCAUCAUCGCCAUCGCCUGCACUGCAGGAGGCGGCGGACGACGAUGACUCAGCAAAGGGGUUCGACAUAGAGGCCCGAGAUGGCCUUGGCGGGCUUCGACGCAGCCACCCGCUUGCCACAGUCGGAUUGCGCUACAAUUUCCUGGCGCUCCAGGCAAUCUCCCCGACGGAUCCGGCAGCCAUGAACGGCGUCCCCGUCGUCCCCUCUGCCGGCAUUCUCCUCCCCACCAUUGAGGGUGUUUAG